AGCAUAUCUUGCGAAUGAGCGACGAGGCCGACGACAUCACGUCCCGAGCGAUGGUGGUGCGUCGUUGCCCCGUGAAGUAUAGUGCGCCGUCGAUUGAGUACUACGUCAAUCCAGCCUACUUGACUCCCAACUUGAGUCUGUUUGGAUCCAUCGGCGACCAUUGCAUCUUGAGUGUCCUGAGCUACCUCGACGGCAUAUCGCUCAUCAAAGCUGGGACAGCGUGUCGUACUCUGCACGAGUUGUCAAAGAACGAUCAGUUGUGGCUUUCAUUGUGCCGUUCGCAAUGGCACGUGUCUCCUGACCAUCUUGCUGUCAAAUGCAAGGUCACGGGAAAGGAUCUGUACCGAUUCGCACAGCAGCAGAUGCAAAGAGUUGCCCGGGAAAUCCUUGAAGCCCAACUAAACGUUCCGACGUGGCACCUGCCGUCGCACACAGUUCAAGCCCUCACGCGCAGUGUCUUUGGAGGACUCGGCUGAGUCGUUUAUUCAAGAGCAUGAAAUGACAUCAAAAUGUUUCGCUUGGAGGAGGUUAGUCAAAGGCGGAUAAUAUCACCACUAUAAUGCAUUGGGAAACGCCGAGGGCUGCUUGAAAGGAUCAC